UGGAGGGGUUACUGCAAAAUAAUAAAGAAAAAAAAUCAAUAAAUUAGAUGGGUAAUGGACCAACUGAGUUUGAUAAUGGACAGCACACAAAAGACAUGACCCAUGAACCGGCCCAAGUUAAUCCAUGAUUGGUCUGUCAUGAAACGAUGCGUUUCAGUCUCCCGCUCCCGUGGUUUUUUCUUUGAAACACUGGAGUGUAGACUCUACUAGCAGAACCAAGCUUCACCUCUGCAAUGGAGGACCACGUGUUCCUCACGUGCGACCACCCUCUCAACCUUCCAACACUUUCAACCAACGAACCUCUCUCUCUCUCAGCCCUAGCUUCCCUGAGGUCUCUGAUCAUCAACCCCUCAACUACCGCGCCCACAAUCUCUUCCGUCAUCGAAACCCUAACUCGCUCGCUCCAACUCAGUCGCGACCCGCUCGCCAUUCACCACACUCUCAAGCUCCUCACUGACAUGGCCUUGCGACUCCCCCACCUCUCAGGCGUCGUCUUCGACUCGGUCUGUUCCCACUCGCUCCUUUCCACCGAUUCGACCCGCGUCGCCGCCGAAUCUCUCGACGCACUCGCUUCUAUCGCGGAGGGCAACCGAGUCCUAGCUCCCGGCAUUGAAGAAUUGGACGACCGUUUAUUCGCCUCGCUCUGUUUCAGUCCAUCUCUUUCCGUACGGCCAUGGCUUCUCAGAAACGCCGACAGGUUUGGUGUACAGCCUCAUUUGUUAUUCACUCUGUUUCUAGGGUUUACGAAAGAUCCAUAUCCGUACGUGAGGAAAGUUGCUUUGGACGGACUUGUUGACUUGAGCAAGAACGGUGUUAUUGAGGACCCUGACAUGAUCGAAGGGUGCUACUUCCGUGCAGUUGAGCUUCUAAACGACAUGGAAGAUUGCGUUAGAUCGGCUGCAGUUCGCACGGUGUGUGCUUGGGGUCUAAUGCUGGUGGCGUGCAAGUCGGAGACGAAGGCAUAUUGGUCUGAUGAAGUAUUUGUCAAACUUUGUUCAACAGUGAGAGACAUGAGCAUGGAGGUUAGAGUUGAAGCUUUUUGUGCCCUUGGGAAGAUAGAAAUGGUAUCUGAGGAAAUUCUUUUGCAAACCCUGUCAAAGAAAGUUCUAGUGACCAUGAAGGGAAAGAAAUCUCUUGCUCAGUGCUCUGAUGAACAACUAGAAACAUCAGGGUCAAGUGUUGCUGGAGCUUUCAUGCAUGGGCUUGAGGAUGAAUUCCAUGAGGUGCGAAAAGCUGCAUGUCAUUCUCUGCGUACACUGACCAUACUCUCUGCCAAGUUUGCUGGAGAAGCCUUAAACUUACUGAUGGAUGUACUGAAUGAUGACUCAAUUCUUGUCCGGCUACAAGCUUUUGAAACUAUGCAUCGAAUGGCAUCCUUUGACUGUCUGACAGUGCAAGAAACACACAUGCAUAUGUUUCUUGGCACCCUGGUUGACAAUGAUACCCUCAUAAGAUCUUCAGCAAGGAAAAUACUUAAAUUGGCAAAGCUGCAAAAGUUGAAGUUGUUUAGAUUAACUAUUGAUGCCCUUUUAGAAAAUUUGGAAAGACAUCCACAGGAUGAAGCAGAUGUACUAUCUGUUUUGUUUCAUAUUGGACGAAAUCAUGGAAAGUUUGUGGUCCGCAUAAUUGAGGAGGUUUUUCCACAGAUGGAGCCAAUGUCUAAUGGCAAGUUGGGCUUUGAUAGUGUGAGAGUGGCCGCCUUGCUAGUUCUGGCCAUAUCAGCUCCACUUUCACAUGAACGUGAUUGCAAUAUUCCACCUACAAUAUUUUCUUAUGCAGUUACAUACCUGGGAAGGAUUUCUCAGGCUUUGAGUGACCUUAUGAAUCAAAAUAGCCUUUUGGAUUACUUGUCUCAGUGCAGUAGAUCCUCAGGACCAUAUGCCAUAGAGUUCAACUUCAAAGUGGGGGAGCCUUGCUUGCCUAAUGCUAAUGUUCCAACCUAUACGAGUAAUGAGAUAAUUGGUUCCAUUGCAAUGCCAUUGCCCCAAAAGACAGGUGGAACCUCUGAAAUUUUGUCUCCAACAAUAAAGAAGCCAAGGGAAGCAGGAACUUCACUUGUAGAAUACCAGCUAGACGUGCAUGAUGAAGUUACCAAGUCAAUGAAUGUUAUUCUUGCAAAGGUGAAGGAUAUCUGGCCACUUGUACUGUCAGGAUUUACGAAUGAAGUACUGAGGACUUUGAGAAGUUGCAGGGAGGAGUUGGCAACAUUUACUUCUGACUCGCAUGCAUCUGCUGGUGUAUUUUCCUUUACGAAGCAAUAUAUCCAGAUAGUGAAACUGCUUACAAAGGCAUGGGUGAACUUCCUGUCUUCAACACAUUUUCCUUGUGGAAUGGGAGAAUUGGACUUAGUAUUGGGAAAGCUGGACAGGAGGCUUAGAGAUCUGAAGAGUGCGUUUAUAAGAUUGUCUGAAGAGGAGGAGUUACAUAUCUUGGAGCUGAUACUUGUGACUUGUAUGCUCAGAUUGUCUGAAGUGGAAAUUUGCUGUCAUCUUGGAACCUUGAGAAAGCUCUCUAGUAUGAUGUCACGGGUGGAAUAUCUCCUUAGAGAUGGAUCUGUUGAACCAUCCAGGUUUAUAAUUGGAGUCGGAAAAUUAUCAUCCGAAUUUGGUUCUUCUUCUCUCAAUGAAGCUUCCUUUAACCCCCUUCUCAUUAGAAGGGUACUUGAAAGCUUCUCCCUCAAGCAACUUGUGUUGUGUGGUAGACUCAAGCACAUGAAGGCAGAGCUGGAUAUACCUGACAAUGAGUACGAAAAUCCUCUUCGGUUUGUUGCGGGACUGCCGGUUGGUAUACCAUGCCAUAUCACUCUUCAUAACAUUUCAGCUGAAAGUAGGUUGUGGCUGAAAAUGACUGUAAAUAAAGACAACGAAUCAACUCAGUUCGUCUUCUUGGAUUUAAACCAUUUUGGAGGCUGUGAUGAUGUCAGAGUAUUUAUGUUUACCGCACCCUUUUACAAAACCCCAAAAGCAUUUUCUUUUACGAUUAGGGUCUGUAUUUGUAUGGAAUGUUUGUCUGAGGUUGAGGAUGUUUCUUCUGUCAAACGUUGGGGUCCAAGACAUGAGCUUACAUAUCUUUGCCGAGAAAAGGAUGUUUAUCUUUCUAUGGUUAAGUAAAGAUUGAGUGGUUUGUUUUACUGUGAUUAGAAUAAGAAUGUAUUUAUCUAAUCAGAAAACUGCACUAAAUAGGUGAAAUUAAUCGCUGAAUCCCUUAAAGUGGUUUCUU